AAUCUUUCGUGUGUUUGCUGUUCAAAGUUUAAAUUAAAAGGAAUAAAAAUUAUCUGUAAAUCCUCUGAGAAAGAAGAUAACUUGUUCUGCUUCUUGUCGUGUCUCUCACAGUUUGAAUUUCUCACCCUCUCUCUCUCUUCCUCAUAAAAAUCUCUGCUUUACCUUUUGUUUUCGAGGGAUUCAUUUUGAUUUUUGAUCUUAGGGAUUCAUCAAUGCGAAGUUUUUGAGUGAUGGGUCUGUGUUUGUGUUGAUUUUGAAGAUAUAUAAUUUGUGAUGGAGCCUCCAACGGGAAUCUUGGCUUCUCUGUGGCAAUUUAUACUCUUCAUUCCUUAUUUCACUGGCUUACUGCUUCUUGGUGUCAUUAAAGGUAUCGUUUUCUGCCCGGUUAUAUGCCUUAUCGUGGCUAUUGGAAACUCUGCAAUCAUCUUAGGCCUUAUACCGGUGCACGCUAUUUGGACUCUAUAUUCGACAGUGUGUGCUAAACAAUUAGGACCAAUCUUGAAGCUCUUUCUGUGUUUAUGCCUUCCUCUCGCCGUCAUUCUCUGGCUUGUGGUUAGUAUCAUAGGAAGUGUUCUCGGAGGUGCUAUAUAUGGAUUUCUUUCUCCAAUAUUUGCCACUUUCGAUGCUGUUGGCGAAGGGAAGUCUAAUCCGCUUUUCCAUUGCUUUUAUGAUGGAACUUGGAGCACUGUUCAAGGAAGUUUCACCGUUGUCUGCGAUUUUAGAGAUGUUUGCUUUCACUCCUACUUUUCGUUUAUGGAUGACCUUAGAACAUCUAGCGCGGAUCGUCACUAUUAUGAAAUAAGGUUACUUCAAAUUCCAGGCGCUGUGAUUGCUGCAGUUCUUGGAAUUCUUGUUGACUUCCCAGUAAUAUCACUCAUAGCCAUUUGUAAAAGCCCGUACAUGUUGUUCAAAGGUUGGCGACGUUUGUUUCACGAUCUCAUUGGACGUGAAGGUCCGUUCUUGGAAACAAUGUGUGUCCCAAUCGCAGGCCUUGUGAUCUUACUCUGGCCUUUAGCUGUUGUUGGAGCGGUUUUAGGAUCUGUGGUCUCUAGCGUCUUCCUUGGUGCCUAUGCCGGUGUAGUCUCAUAUCAGGAGUCAUCAUUCUUCUUCGGUCUCUGCUAUGUUGUUGCUUCUGUUUCAAUUUAUGAUGAGUAUAGCAAUGAUGUUCUUGACAUGCCAGAAGGUUCUUGCUUUCCCAGGCCAAAAUAUCGAAGAAACGAAGAGGGCAAUACAGCAUUUUCUGGUGGUCUUUCACGACCGAACUCUUUCAAGACAACUCCAUCAAGAGGAGGAUCACAAAGAGGCCCAAUGAUCGACCUGAAACCUCUUGAUCUUUUGGAGGCUCUGUUUGUAGAAUGUAGGCGGCACGGAGAGAUUAUGGUUACAAAAGGGAUUAUAAACUUAAAAGACAUCGAAGAAGCUAAAUCUACCAAAGGCAGUCAAGUAAUAAGCUUUGGAUUACCUGCUUAUUCUCUUCUUCACGAGCUUUUACGCUCUAUUAAAUCUAAUUCCACCGGUUUGUUACUCGGUGACGGUGUUACGGAGAUAACUACAAAAAACCGCCCAAAAGAUGCGUUUUUCGAUUGGUUUCUGAAUCCGUUUUUGAUCCUUAAAGACCAGAUCGAAGCAGCAAAACUAUCUGAAGAAGAAGAAGAGUAUCUUGGAAAAUUGGUAUUGCUGUUUGGAGAUUCAGAGAGACUUAAAAGCUCCAUUGUGGAAUCUGAAUGUCCUCCUUUAACCGAACUCAGAAAAGCCGAACUUGAUGCCUUUGCUCGCAGGCUUCAAGGAUUAACCAAAUCAGUAUCAAGAUAUCCAACAUUCAGAAGACAUUUUGUGGAACUAGUCAAGAAACUAUCAAAUGAGCUAGACAAGAAACAUAACCGCUUUGAAGGCGGUUCAAGAUCAGCUCAGCGACCCGGGAAAACGGUUUCCCGUAUAUUCAGCCAGAAAUCGUUCAAGAAAAAGACAAGCAGCAAUGGGUCAGAUCAAGAUUCACCAAACCGCGGAUUAAGAGACAUUGAUAUUGUGUAAGUAAAUGUUGUGCGACGAGAAUUUAGAUCGAAAAGUCGUCUGUUUUUAACUCUGUAAUGAUAAAUUUUAUACAGAUUUCAGUGAAUAUGAAGCUGUUUUCAAUGAUUUAACAAA